ACAACAAGAAACCAAAUCGUGCGAAAAAACAGUCAACCACACCGACCUCGACAACAGAUCGUCCGUCCUCGAUGUCGUCCUUCUUCGGCUACGACCCCUACGACUACUACUACCCCGCAUCCUCCACCUACGGCGGAUACGACGCCUACCCCUCCGCCGCCGACGCCUACUUCCAGGACGGCGAGCGCCUGUAUCGACACGCCCGCCGGAGGGCCCCGGCGUGGAACGACUACGCCUCCUACUUCCCUGGCGUCCACGCCACCCAGCCGGCCGCGCGGAAGUCCACCACGCCGCGUCCCAGCCCGCCCGCUUGCGGGCCGGACAGUUUCGAGAUCGAGGUCACCGGCCCCGACUCCGACCCGCCGAAACCGGCGGUUCCCAAGAAGCCGGCGCCGUCGGCGGAGGAGGCCGCCGUGAGGGUGCAGGCGGCGGCCCGCGGGCACAUGGCCAGGAGGAUGGUGCGUGAGGUGCGCAAGGUGGAGCGGCAGGCGGACGCCGUGGCCGCGAGGAUGGCGGCCGAGGCCGACGCGCUGCGCGCGGAUGCCAGAAAGCGGGUCGGACUCGGGGAGGAGCUCAUGCGCCUGUUGCUGCGCCUCGACGGGGUGCGCGGCGCCCGGGAGUACCGCAGGCGGGUCGCCAAGCGGGUGCUCGCGCUCCAGGACGCCGUCGACGCGCUCGAGUCCUCGCCCGCGCCCGCGGUAGUUGUGGCCGCCGAUGCGCCUGAGGGUCAAGAUGCACAGGAAGAAGCGAUGGCGCCGCAGUUGCCGGUUGAGGAUGACACUGCGGCUGCGGAUCCUCUGGCUACCGCCGUGGCAACUGAAACCGCGGCGAUGGAGGUCGACGUGGCGAGUCCCGUCGUCCUCGACAAGGCCGUCCAGACCGAGACCGAGCUGGUGGCGGACGUGGACAAGGCCUCGGAGGCGGAGGGCGAGUGGGAGAUGGUGGCAACAGGGGACGGCGACGUCUCCACCGUCGAGGAGGACCCUACACCGCCCAAGCCGCGGCAGCAAGAACCGGCAGAGGAGGAGGAGAAGAAGACGGUGUCCACCGACGGGCUGGACGCGAGGAAGCUGAUGGAGAUGGUGGCGGCGCUGUGCGAGCGGAGCGCGCAGCAGUGCGCUCUGAUCGGAGCCCUGGCGGAGCGGGUGGACACGCUGGAGCGCUCUGUCCGGCGGGUGGAGGAGGCCGACCGGCGCCGCCGGAGGAACAAGAAGCUCAACAAGGAGGCCAAGAAGAGCACAAAAGGAUUCUACAGCGACUAGUAGUAGUUAUAUAAAUAGAUAAAAACAAUCUAUCUUCGAUUUGAAUUUUUCAUGCGUUUUAGUAGUUCGUUUUUGUAGUCUUACAUCUGCUUCGAUUCCAUUAGUUGAUUGUGUGAACAAACUUGGAUCAUGUCACCGAAUUUCGUCAGUUUCAAUUGAAUUGUCUGAUGCUUCA